AUGUUCGAAAUUGCCAGUUACAGAAUAGAGCACGCUUUUGAUGAAAUAUUGGGCAUGAACGUGACGAGGAAAUGUUGUUCGUACUGCACGAAAAUAAUAAACGCCGUGAGCAUGCAGAGAAGAGCUAUCAUAUUCACCGAGUUUCUAAGGUCCAGCUUCGCUAUUUCGUACGUUUUCCUGAUCUCUUUAGGAGUGGUCUCCCUGUCUGUUAAUAUGUUGCGCCUUUUCUUGGCUACGCAAUAUUUGAGCGAUUUUGAGGAAUUGAUCAUCGCCACGCUAUUCGUCCUCGGUCAUAUCUAUUACAUAUUUUUGGGUAAUUACACUGGCCAGAAGCUGAUAGACUACAGCAUGGGUAUGUUCUACAAAAUAUACGAGUCACAAUGGUAUGUCGCUCCGUUACACGCGCAGAAAUUGUUGCUAUUCAUGAUGCAAAGGAGCAUCAAAAGUAUCUCCAUUCGUUUGGGAGGUAUUUUCGUUCCUUCAUUGGAAGGUUUCGCGACGAUUACCAGCAUGUCACUUUCGUACUUCACGGUAAUUCGUGCCGUUCAAUAA